AUGGCGCUUCCUACGGUACAAAAGAAAUGGAUAAUCCAGGGAGGACAGAAAGGACUUGAAGAGAUUCAAUUAAUCGAGGGACCUAUUCCAAAGGUCGAUGAUUAUGGAGUGCUGGUAAAGCUACACGCUGCUGGCCUGAAUCCCCGAGAUUUUGGAAUCGCAACGCCUGGUCUCUUCGCUUUCAGCGUCAAACUCCCAGUUGUUGGUGGAUCAGAUGGCGCUGGUGAGGUUAUUGCAGUGGGGCCCAAGGUCACAAAGUGGAAGCUAGGUGACAGAGUUGCAACAUUGUUUAACCCAGGACAUCAAGCUGGCCCAAUAACUACAGAGGCAUAUGAUAUGGGAGGUCUAGGCGGUACUAUUGAUGGCACUUUCCAGCAAUACGGGAUGUUUCAAGAGACUUGGCUCGUUCGCAUAGCCCCCAACCUAUCGUACCUGGAAGCUGCAUCGCUAUCAAAUGCUGCUGUAACGGCGUGGAAUGCUCUCUACGGUCUGAAAGGGCUGAGAGCAGGCGAAUGGAUUUUAGUACAAGGAACCGGUGGUGUCAGUUUAUUUGCGGUGCAGUUCGCCAAAGCAGCUGGCGCAAAGGUCGUUGCUACGACAUCAUCACCCGCCAAGGGAGAUUUGCUAAAGCAGCUUGGCGCUGAUCACGUCAUCAACUAUAACGAAAAUCCAGAUUGGGGGCUGACUGCACGAGCGCUUACUCCAAACGGAUAUGGCUUUGACAACAUAAUUGAAGUUGGUGGUACUGAUACUUUAUCUCAAAGCGUCAAAGCUAUCAAGUUCGAGGGUGUUAUCUCAGUGAUUGGUGCACUUUCAGGGGCAGCACAAGGUAAUAGUAAGGUAAUUGACGCGCUGUUGAAGAUUUGCACGUUCCGUGGCCUUCAUGUUGGCUCCAGGGUCCAAAUGGAAGAAAUGAUGGCUGCAAUAGAAGCCAAUGAGAUUCAGCCUAUUCUGGACGAAACAGUUUUCUCAUUCGAAGGGUUGCGAGAUGGCCUAGAAUAUUUGGCUGCGCUGAAACAUGUGGGCAAAGUCGUCGUGAAAAUUGUAUAG